CUCGACCUCCCUCCCUUAAGCAGACACGUGCACCCAUCCACACACACUCACACUCCUCAUUCUCGCAGAGACGAUGCUGCCGAUAUUGCGCAAUUUACGCACAGCGAGUGUGGCUGUGGUCGUGUAAUCCAAAUGCUGAUGUUGUUGCUGCUGCUGCUGCUAAAUCUAAUCAUCAUCACCACCACCAACCAGCAGCAUCUUCAUUACCGUAAUUAUCAUCAGCGACUUUAUCAUUAGGACGAUGGUUAAUCAGCCAUCGUCGUCAUCACCACCACCACCACCACCACCACCGCAAACGGCACCGUGAUCACAAUAAUCGGUUUGGUAUUCGCACGAGCGGCACUCUUAACGAGCUCGAAUUUGUUCAAUGCCAUUCGAGUCAACGCGAUUGCAAGAGAUUCUCAAGACGGGGUCAAGUCAGCCCGCGCUAUUCUUUGCCGGGAGAUCACGGGCGCGGAGGGCAACAAGGGGCAAGGCUGCGAUCGACAAGGGCAGAGCGGAUUCUGCGAGGGUAGCCAUAAAGUCACAGAAGCCUUGCCUACCCAUCUUCGCUGGGACAACCCCUCUCCUCCUCUCGGCCGCCUCCCCCAGGACGCGUGUCAUCUCCACGUCGUGGUGACCGGGAGAACUCCGGACCUUCUGCUCGACGCGGCCUCUUGACCAGCCCGCUUUGCAACCAGCGUCGGCGUGUGGGUUUCGGCCGGGUCCGGGGAAUGUAACUCAUGACAUUCUAAAAGUGUGGCGGGGGGGGGGGGGGCUGUCGGAAUGAGGAGCGAGGAAGGCAUGCUGGCCAUGCUGCUGUGUGGGACCGCAUUGCUUGCGACGUCGUGCGGACUGAGUCGUCAGCGUUCCCUGGCCGAGGACCGUCUGUUUCGGGUGCUCUUCGCGGGCUACAGCCGCUGGUCGCGACCCGUGCCCAACAUCACCGACAUCGUGAGCAUCACCUUCGGCCUGUCCAUCGCUCAGCUCAUCGAUGUGGAUGAAAAGAAUCAGAUGAUGACCACAAAUGUGUGGUUAAAACAGGAGUGGGAUGACUACAAGCUCCAGUGGGACCCCGCCGAGUACGAAAACGUCACGUCCAUCCGCGUGCCCUCCGAGCUCAUAUGGGUCCCCGACAUCGUCCUCUACAACAACGCGGACGGAGACUUCGCCGUGACCCACAUGACCAAGGCGCACCUCUUUCACACGGGGCGUGUGCGCUGGAAGCCGCCCGCCAUCUACAAGAGCUCCUGCAGCAUCGACGUCACAUUCUUCCCGUUCGACCAGCAGAACUGCACCAUGAAGUUCGGCUCGUGGACGUACGACAAGGCCAAGAUCGACCUCGUGAGCAUGGCCAGGGACGUGGACCUCAAGGACUACUGGGAGAGCGGCGAGUGGGCCAUCGUCCACGCCGUGGGCACGUACAACACCAAGAAGUACGACUGCUGUCCGCAGGUCUACCCCGACAUCACCUACUCGUUCAUCAUCCGCCGCCUGCCGCUCUUCUACACCAUCAACCUCAUCAUCCCGUGCCUGCUCAUCUCGUGCCUCACCGUGCUGGUCUUCUACCUGCCCUCGGACUGCGGCGAGAAGAUCACCCUGUGCAUCUCCGUGCUCCUGUCGCUCACCGUCUUCCUGCUGCUCAUCACCGAGAUCAUCCCGUCCACGUCGCUCGUCAUCCCGCUCAUCGGCGAGUACCUCCUCUUUACCAUGAUCUUCGUGACGCUCUCCAUCGUCAUCACGGUGUUCGUGCUCAACGUGCACCACCGCUCGCCGGCCACGCACGCCAUGCCGCGCUGGGUGCGCCGCGUCUUCCUCGACCGCGUGCCGCGUUGGCUCGUCAUGCGCCGCCCGCCCCCGCAGCAGCGGCGCUCCGAGCUCCUACUGGCCCGAGCCGCGCGCCUGCCGUGCGCCCUCGGCGGGCAGCGCAACCACCACAAGCCGCGCCACCAGCACCACCACCACCAACAGCAGCAGCAGCAGCACCACCUCCAGCAACAGCCGCACCACCACUACCGCCACUUCCUCAACCAUCACCUCCUGCCGGAGCAGCCGAGCGGCUUCCGCGACGAGCGUCCGCCGCCCCGCGGGAACGAUGCAGGCGGCGGCCCCCCGCUGCCGCCCCCCCGCUGCUGCGCGUGGCCGGGCGUCGAGGCCACCGCCGUGUGCACGUGGGGCACGACCCGCGGCGAUGGCGAGCGGCCGCACGAGCGCGAGCGGCAGCGCGACGUGGCACGGGAGCUCGAGGAGCGGCUGGAGCACGGCGGUGGUGGCUGCUGGGACGUGCCGGCGGGCGCGCUGCCCUGGGCGACGCCGUGCGAGCUGGGCACGCGCGAUGCCGGCAAGCCGGAGCCGCCGUUGCCGGGCGGCUGCGCCUGCCGCUGCGCGUGCGGGGAGCAACAGCAGCAGAAGCAGCAGGAUGAGAAGGAGGAGGUGGAGGAGGAGGAGGAGGUGGAGGAGGAGCAGGAGGAGGAAGCCGCGGAUUCUUCACAGCCGCCGCCGAUAGCGCGGGCACCGCGACCGCCGCGGCCCCCCCCGCCCGAGCCUGGUACUGGCGGUGCAGGGGGUGCAGUACAUCGCCAACCACCUGCGCGCCGAGGACGCGCACCUCUCGGUGAAGGAAGACUGGAAGUACGUGGCCAUGGUGAUCGACCGCAUCUUCCUCUGGGUCUUCAUCGUCGUGUGUCUGCUGGGCACGGUGGGGCUCUUUCUUCCACCGUGGCUCGCCGGCAUGAUAUAACCUCCUCCCGUCUCACCUCUCUCCUCGUCGUCCUCUUCCGCCUCUACCUCGUCGCGUUUGGACGAUGAGAGGCUGAGCAAUGGAGAACCGCGUGCCGGAGUCUCUGGCGUGUGGAAGAAGAGGCCUCAAUGUGUGUGUGUGUGGGUGAACACUCCUCCCAAAAAGUAACUGGGGACUCCGAAGAUCAUAGCUUAACACCGUUGCCACCGACAUGAAUCAAUUGACCGAUCGUCCACGGUCAACUUCAAGCAGAUGGCAGACGCAGAGAUUCGUUUUGAAAUGCAGAAUCUGGACAAUUGAAGUAGCGGGGGAGUUUACGUACGACGGAAUGUUUUCGUGUAACUCUGCGGUUUUAAGAUUCCCGUGUAAUCGUUUAAAUUCUGUUCGGGGAUUUUUGCGCAAGGUUAGUCCACGGAUUAUUUUAGUGAGCUAUUUACCUGUAAUUGAUUUUUAUUUAUAUACAGCAGGAUGCAAUUAGCUACGGGAAAUAUUCUCGACAUAUUUACGGCACUUGGUGAGGACCGCUAUGCACCAGCCAUGGACUCCACUCUCAUCCCUUUCACCAACCCGCACUGUGCAGCGAUCAGAGGUCUGCUUCAACAACCCCUAUGACUGAAGCGGUUUGGGGAGGCCUUCAUCCAACAGUGGAGUGACAAAGGGCAAUCAAUUAUACGUCGUUGUGACUAUUCGCAUCAUUACCACGCUUUUAUAUCGCGGCAAAUGGUAAAGUGGGGGAUCUUUUGUACUCACUCACGCUUUCAAGAAUGUAAAUUGAACAGCAGCCACGGAAUGGAACGCAUCCGAGUGUGUGUCACGUCCACCGCGGAGAACAGGAGCAAUUCAAUCAGACUGUUUAGCUGUGCAGGGGAAGGCAGUCUCGAUGUUACAAUUUCCUGGCCUCAUGGCAUAGAAGCUUUUGAUUCCACCUUGGCUGGCGCAUUUCUUAAAUUGUGGCCUCACAAUUAGGGCACUUUUGCAUUCGAGUUAGGGUCGUGGUGGAUUUCCCACCGCCGAUCGGCGCGCUUGGCGACGCACGGCGCGAAAGAAGCUCAACAGACUUACGUGAGUGAGUACGUACUUACGACUGUGUUCGCCGAUAGCUCAGCAUGAGACGUCGCGGCGCCGUCUGUUGCACUGUGGCGUGUUUUAAACACGGCGAUGCACUAACGACAGCGAAUGUUGAGGCCUGCUCUGUAGUUAACGUGUGCUUGCAACCAGCGCUUAAUUUUCUCACUCGAUAUAUAUACGCACACAAAUAUUCUGGAACGCUGCUCGGCUGGCCUGAAGUGGAGCUGUUCGGGGCAAGACGCUAACCACCAGAGCACAAGCUACUGCGUGAAGUCAUUCCUUUUGAACUGCUUUUUUGUGUUUUUGUUUGUUGUCCUUCCCUCCGAACCUCCGAUUAGUGCGGUUGGCUACAUACGGUGCGAAAGAAGUUCAACCGUACAAACAGCGCCGUCCAUAGUAAUCCCCGACAAUGCUACGCUAUUGCACCAUAUAUUCCGAUUAUUUGGUUGUGGUACCCGCUGUUGUUUGACAAGACGGAUGUUGCGUGCCAAAUAUUGUUUAGCGAACAGCGUGUUCUGGACUGUUAUUAAGCACCGGUUGUAACCGUACAUAAGACAUGCCACACCAGCAGAGCAAAACUCCCUCUCACGUUGUAUGGUGUUCUGCUAAUACGGCUACUUCUUGAUUUUGUGUUUACAAAUGUUUGGGAUUUUCAACGGCGAUAUACUUUUUUCCACGUUUUCUUGGGUCUACCACCUGCCCCUCUGACGUUGUCACUCUAUCAUUGGCAAACGUGGCUACGACAAUCCAUGUCCUUGGCAUGGUGGCGAAAACGAUCACCCAGCGGGCCAACUACCACGUUUUGUAAUAUAACAUCAAAUUAAUGUUGCGCUAAUGUGAAUACCCCAUUAAGCUCAUGCGAAAUGGCGAUAAUCUAAUCGAUGUGAAGAUUUAAUAACGGCAUUAGCCAUUUAGGAAGUGGCCCUAAUUUCAUUCACGAUGAAAAACUCCCUACUUAGAAUUUCCGCCCUGUUAAACACAGUUUAAUAGCACGCUUCUUGCUAAAUAACAACUUUUGUCCCGCAUUAGCAAUAACGUUCAACCAAUUCUUGGCUUGUUGGCAGUCUCACCGAAGCAGGGUCCACGCAAGGCAAUCCCCUACAACUAAACUUCAGUUGCAGGUGACUCGGUGGCCUGCAACUGUACCGCUUGGUGGUGCGGAUGUCUGCAACCGAUUGCGGGUCACGGCGCAAUUGCAUUGCUCACAGUCGACCGCAGACUCAAACUUUCGUGCGUCGAUCUGCUCGUCGAUUCGCGGCGACGUAUUUCGACGCCGCGUUUGACGCGUUUUGCCAACCUGCGAUUAGUUGUUCGCAAAUCCCACCCCACACUGCGAAAACUUGGCAGGACCCUCCUGAAAAACAGAGUCAGGAGACUCGGUGAGGUUUUUGCUGGGUAAAAUAAGUCGAAUAGUAAUAAUAAUCAAUUUUAACACGUAGGCUUUCGAGACCAAUAUCAUCCAUGAUGCAGUUUUUUUUUGGGUUAGAUCGCGUAAAUAUAUAAAUGUUUUGUUAUUAGACCCGCCACCACC